UUGACUGUAAAUUUUUUUACAGCAGCAGUGUAAGUAAAGGCUGCCAUUAUACAAGGAGAAGAUACAAUUACAUUGAUCAAUAACCAGGGGAAUCAAAAGAGAUGAUAUAACAAGGAUGUAUAGGGGAAUAAGAAUACGAAUACGACGAUUCAUACCGUUGUCGCGGUUCAAUUAUAGCACCAAUAGCCAUGAUGUUGCAAGUGGGGAUGCGACAAGAUUACAAUUCUUGUUGACAAAGUUUACUGACAAGGUGAAGGUACAACAACAAGGAUCUUAUCCUUUAUUAGCAGCUAUUGAUAGAUUGAUUGACAAGUAUCAAUCGACUUUGGUUGAUCAACUUAAUAUCUCUACCGAUCAAAAUCAAGAAUAUAUCCAACUCAAACAACAAAUAUGGGAUCGACUUUCUAUUUGUGAUCAUGAUCUUUACAAUCAUUAUCAGAAAGUUUACAAGAUACGAAGAGACGAGAUUAAUAAGCAUAAACUACAGAUAGAUCAAGUUGGACUCCAUAAUCGAUUCGUUGAUCAGCUUUAUCCAUUGAAGAAUCAAGAAAAUGUACCCUUCACCACCAAUACUCGAAUCCAGAAACAACUUAAUAUACCAGUAAAUCUAAUGAAAUACCAAUUAAUCAAUCAUAAACAAUUAUUCCAUUCAUUGCAUGAUUUACCAUCCCCUCAGCCAUUUUAUCUAAAGGAUAAUGAACUAAAUGAUUUCAUUGAACGAUUCUUAUUCAAUAAGCGAAACUUUAAGAAAGUCAAUACCAUAUCAGAAAUCAAUCUUGAUAUCUUUCUAAGUUAUAAUAACGAUAGCACUAAUCACUAUAUUGGUUUUGCAGAAAAGAAAUGGGUUGAAAUGUUCAAGGAAAGACUAGAAUAUGUUAGAAUGAUAACGAAAUUAUUAAAUGAUUUGAAGAAUUGGGGUAUUCCUAUCAAUAUUAAUGAAGAGAAUAAAUUGAUAAGUUAUAUUUUUUAUAAGGACCCAUCAUCGUUAAUCGACAAGUAUCAACAAUUAACUUCACAUAAUUCAAAUUCAAACUCAAAUUUAAUCACAAAUCUUAACUCGAAUACGAGGACUAUUGAGAAUGAUACUCUAGAAUAUCAAGACUUUAAUCUUAAUAUUUAUCACAGUUUAAAACAGUCGAUCUUAAAUAACUCAGAAUUCAGGUUUGAUGAUAAGAACAUCGAUCUUCAUAUUAACACUUACAAUACAUUUUUAUUCCUUGCCAUAAGACAUGAUAAAUUAGAUAUUGUUGAGGAAAUAAUAAAAGACCUACAAUUGACAUUCAUUCUUAAUGACCCAACUUCACAAUAUCCUAAAUCAAUCGAUAAUAAGACGCUUGUGUUGUUGCUUAAUUAUUUUGGUGAUGUCAAAUAUCAAUCAUAUUUUGAAAAUAUCUUGGAUUAUAUAAUUAACCAGGAUCGUUCAAUUAUAAUGGAUAUAAAGUUAAUAAAUACUAUCAUGAAAUCUUUGAUUAUGUUGAAUAGGUUGGACUUAUCCGAACAAUUGCUAUCACAAUUAUUUUUGAAUAAUGUUAAUAAACAGCCAAAAGAGAUAGAUCUGGAACUAGAACAAGAUGAAGAUACGUAUCAAUACCAACUAACUAAUGAAGAUAAGACUACUUAUAAGAAGCUAUUAUUAAUAUUCAAAAAUCUAAAACGAUUAACUAAUGAUCAAGAAAUUCAAUUUAACAUCAAACCAAUUGAAAAAACAUUCCUGAAUUUAAUUGAACAAUAUUGUUCAGAUAAAGAAGUGAAUAAUAGUUUUAAUAAAGUUCGAUAUUUGUUAAGUAUUAUGGAAACUUAUUAUCAAUUGCCAACCAGCACGAAGUUGUUCAAGAUUAUAUUCAAAAAGUUCAAAUCAACCACUGUAGGCACCACCAAUAAUGAGGAAUGGAAAGAUUUACAAGAAUUGAUCAAUUUUAUCAUUAAAUUAAUCAAUUUACAUGAUUAUGGAUUUAAUAUCACCCAGGAUACUUCCAUUUUCUCCAGCGAUUUGAAAUAUUCAAAAUUAAAUAAGAUAGCAUUAUCACCACAAUUGAAACAUUUCAUCAAUAAUCAUUUGGAAAUCCCUAAUAAUACUUUGAGUAAUUUGUCAUAUAGCAAUGGUAAUUUUAUUAAAUUACCCAAUAUUUUAAUAGAUUUGAUUUAUAAUGCAAUCAUAGUCAAUCUAUCACACAACGCUGCCCAAAACAGCGGUUUGAUUGAGAAGAUUCAUUCUCAAAAGUUGCAACUUGAUCAAAAAUUAAACUCAAUCAACUGGAGUCAUUAUUCAAACGAAUCCAAACAACUUCAUAAAAUAGAUGAGAUUGCCUAUGUAAAAAAGGGGUUCUUAAUAGAUUUAGUCGACAUACUCGAUAAUUAAUUAAUACUUGUACAUAUAAUAAAUAAC